AAUUCGAAAUGGCAUCGGAAGGUUUUCAUCUCCACCCAGACAAUCCACUGCUUUAAGCCUCCUCUCACUCUCUAUAUAGCUCGGCUACCUUAUAGGCGCACAAAAAAGCAUUAAAGUGAAGCAACAAUGGUGGGGACGAAUGUGAAAGCAGAAACAAUGUCUCUAAUGCAAAAGAGAACAGCUAUGGAGGUAAAGAUGAACGCCAUCAUCGAGCGCCUCUGUCAGCCUGGCGGCCCUGGUCUCUCCGGAAAUCUUGUUGACUCCGAGGGAUUUCCUCGGUCAGACGUUGAUGUUCCAGUUGUACGGGCAGAAAGACACCGCCUUACUGUGCUGAGAAAUGAUCACAAAGAGAUUACAGAAAAAAUAAAUGCAAAUAUACAAGUUCUGCAUUCAGCUAGGCUUGCUCCUAGAUCUUCCUCCACUAUAGAUUCAGGUGAUGAUGAGAUGUCAAUUAACCAAAGCUCCUCCAUUGAUACUGUUGUUGCACCUUCAUCCUCAAACAAUGUUGUUCCGAGAGAUUCUCCUACUGCCAUGGACUUGGAUGCUAUUGCCAGUAUUCUAUUUGCAGUUGUUGAUGAAAUAGUGGAUGCAUCUCCAACAGCAGCAGAUGGUUUGCAACUUGGAGAUCAGAUUCUCAAAUUUGGAAAUGUGGAUUACCAGCGUGGUGAGAAUUUGCUGCAAAGGCUCGCUUCCGAAGCCCAAGCAAAUCAGGGCCAGGCAAUACCUGUAGUGGCUAUGAGGCAAGGUGCCCUCAUCAACUUAACGGUGACUCCCAGAAGUUGGCAGGGCAGGGGUCUGCUAGGAAAUAACAAUUCGUAUGUGGAAUGCUUUCAGAUGCAACUUCCGGAUCUUGUAACUGGACUAAAUCACAUGUCGUAAACACAGUCAGGUGGUGGGUUUCAUUUUUCUGCUGCUAGAGAGUGCUUUGUGCGCGCUAGUAUUUUUCCAUUAGGCGUCAACUUGUUGCUAUGAAGGACAGUUCUAUGUACCUUUUUUUUCCUUUACAAAUGACUAGCACACUAGGAGUAGGAUUUAUUUGUCCUUGUGUUUUAAUUUCUUCUUCAAGACAUAUCCUAAUCAUGCUCCUCUUUAUUGGGGCUUGCCAUUUUUAUUAGCCGUGAAGAUUUCUUCGAAGAAGUUAGAAUGUGAAGCUCAUCGAAUGAUAUGAUACAUUAUUUAUAAUUGUUGAUUUGUUCUCUGCACUCGGUACA